AUGACAUACGUUUCUUGUUUCUGGUCACACAGAGACACAUGCCAUGAAUUACUGGGUCACGUCCCGUUGCUGGCUGAACCCAGCUUCGCCCAGUUCUCCCAGGAGAUAGGCCUGGCUUCCCUCGGAGCUUCAGAUGAAUCCAUACAGACCCUGGCCACUUGUUAUUUCUUCACGGUGGAGUUCGGCCUGUGUAAACAGGAGGGGAAGCUGAGAGCGUACGGAGCAGGCCUGCUGUCCUCUAUCAGUGAACUCAAGCAUGCUCUGUCUGGUAACGCCGUCAUCAAGCCCUUUGACCCUAAGGUCACAUGUAAACAAGAGUGCAUCAUCACAACAUUUCAGGACGUCUACUUUGUGUCCGACAGCUUUGAGGAGGCCAAAGUCAAGAUGAGGGAGUUUGCCAAGACGAUCAAGCGUCCGUUCACGGUGCGAUACAACCCCUACACCCAGAGUGUGGACGUUCUGAAGGACACUCCCAGCAUUAACAGCGUGGUGGAGGAGCUGAGACACGAACUGGACAUUGUGGGUGACGCCCUCAGCCGGCUUAACAAACACCUGGGAGUCUGAGUGACAACCUAAAGCACUAGGAGUCACAUACUGCCUUCUAAAUGACACCCUGUUUCCUACAUGUGGGCCCUGCUCUAGUAGUGCACUGUUUAGGGAAUAGGGUGCCAUUUGGGACACAGGCCUAGGUCUCUGAUGACCUCAACGCCAUCAUCUGAGUGUAUGUGACGACCUCGACACGCCACUCCUGUUCUCCUAUCCAAUUAUUAUCCAUCAGUCAGAUCUGUUUGUGCUGUCUUGCCAACUUCCAUGGUCAUUGUCGCACCAAAACAAUGACAUGGGAGACGGCAACUGGCAAGACAGCCCCGACAGAAGAAAUCUGGGCCUCCCCCCAAGCCAUAUCCCUUAAGCACACCUCACUAUUGUGACGUCUCUUAUGUAAAUAAAUACUCGGCUCGUGAUCCACCUGUGUAUUACUCCCAGUCUAUGACUUCUCUUAUCUUCCCCAUUCAAUGCAUCCAAAGAUACAGUACCUUACUAAUAACGUACACUAUGGUGUCCAAUAUAUUCCUCCAAUUGUUGUGUAUAAGGUUGUCGCUGGGAUGAAUUUAAUGGUGUAAGUUAUAAUAUUAUUAUUCAAAAGUGUGAAUGUAUUCAAGGAUGAUUUUUUUGACAGUAUCCAUUUCUAAAUCAUAAAAAAAAUAUUUAGGUUUCUCAUUAUCCACUACUAAAUCAUAAAAUAAUAUUUAGCUUUCUCAUUAUCCACUUCUAAAUCAUAAAACAUAUUUAAUAAUGUAACUAGUACAUAUACUCAUGAAAACUUUAAAUAUCAUUAUUUUUCUACUGUAAAUAAAUGUAAACUGAUUAUGUAUAAGUCAUGAAAUAAAAAUGUGCAUGUGUCUCUUAUGUAUGGGUAAUGUAUUUCUUUGGCAUUUUAACAAUAAACGUUUCCUGAAGAGAA